AUGUCUGAAUCACAGCCUUCUGUCAUCCAAGAGUGCAGUCCCCUGCCGCCAUACCUGUUCUCCACCUUCGACCAUUCCUCUCUCCCGGCUGCCACCCCAGCUUUGAACCCCGACUCUUCCGCCCCAGCCCACAACCCAUCCGUUGGUCACAUGCCGCGGACAGGUGGGGCACCAUACAGCCAGCCCAUGGGCGUUCAGGGGUCGAUGCGGACGGCAACAGACAGAAUGGCAGGGCAGAUUAUGGGGUACCCAUACUUGCCCUACUCCCCAUGUCUAACCACCCCCACCACUGAGAGACCUGGACAGCAGAGUCACAUAUUACAUCAGGAGUUCUCCUCCUUUUUACCUCCUCCCCCUCCUUCCCUCCUGCGUCAGCCCGUGCAAAAGAAGAGUGUAAGUAAGGACAGCAUAGAGUAUCGCCUUCGCCGGGAGAGGAACAAUAUUGCCGUGAGGAAGAGCCGAGAUAAAGCCAAGCGCCGUGUGCAGGUCACCCAGCAGAGGGCAAUACAGCUGCAGGAGGAGAACCGAAGGCUUCAGAUGCUGAUUGGGCAGCUGACGCAAGAACUGGACACUCUUAAGCUCAUCCUGUCACAGCGCCACCUACGGGAAAGGGAUGAAAAAAGAGACGGAGAGGAGAGUUGA